GUCCUUCUCCCGCAGAUGAACGGGGACGUGGCCGAGCCGGCGCCGGUGUGGGAGCGGCCGUGGUCGCUGGACGAGAUCCGUAAGGGCAGCCAGAGCUGGUCCUUGGCCUCGGACGCCGGGCUUCUGCAUUUUCUACAAGAGUUCUCACAGCAGACCAUUUCAAGGACACAUGAAAUCAAAAAACAGGUGGACGGAUUGAUUAGUGAAACAAAAGCUACAGACUGUCGCCUUCAUAAUGUCUUCAAUGACUUUCUUAUGUUGUCCAACACGCAGUUCAUAGAGAAUAGAGUAUAUGAUGAAGAAGUGGAAGAACCUACUCCCAAAGCUGAUGUUGGAGACAAAACAGAGCAGGAAAAGACGCGGGAACAGAAAGAAGCUGAUCUAAUCCCUAAAAUUCAAGAAGCAGUGAAUUAUGGGUUGCAGGUUUUGGACAGUGCAUUUGAACAGCUAGACAUCAAAGCAGGGAACUCUGACUCAGAAGAGGAAGAAAGUAACGAAAGAGUGGAACUGAUACUUGAGCCAAAGGAUCUCUAUAUUGACAGACCUUUACCUUACCUGAUUGGCUCUCAGCAGUUUAUGGAACAGGAUGAUGUUGGCCUUGGAGAUCUUUCUAGUGAAGAAGGAUCAGUAGAUAGUGAUCGUGGAAGUGUAAUUGACAGUGAAGAGAAGGAUGAGGAGGAAUCAGAUGAUGAAUUUGGAAACCCUAGUGAAGAUGACCAAAAGACGAGGGUAGUCCAUAUGAGUGAUGAAGAUGAUGAUGAUGGCUGUGAUCUCUUUGAUUCUGAAAAAGAGGAGGACGAGGAUGGAGACAUAGAUGAAAGCAUAAAGCCUAAAAAGAAGAGGCCAACAUCAUUUGCAGAUGAGCUGGCAGCCCGAAUCAAAGGAGAAGUGCCAGUCAGACAGGAUGAAGAGCGUUCGUCCCUCUCAUCAGAGCCCAAAACAAGGAAAACCCCAAAAGAGAAGAAAGAAGUUAGAGUCCCAUCGGAUGAUGAAGAUGAUGACAUCUUCAAGCCUCCUAAACUGACUGAUGAGGACUUCACACCAUUUGGUUCAAGGGGUGGCCUCUUCAGUGGUGGAACAGGCCUCUUUGAUGAUGAAGAGAGUGAUCUUUUUGCUGAAGCACCAAAAGGAGAAGAAUCAAAAAAGAGAGAGGAGCGAGUCUCAGUAAGUGAAGCAUCCUCUUCAAAGUCCCUAAAGAAAGUUCCUGCAGGUGCAGUAUUUCUGUUUCCAGGAGGAAGUGAUGUGUUUAGUUCCACUGUAGUUGAGGAAAAAGACAAGAAAUCUGCAGCACCGAGCACAGAAAAAACUCCUAAACAACCUGGGAAAGUUGUUCUGUUUGAUAAUGACGAUGACUUCUUUGUGGAAGCAACUAAAAAGCCUCCAGCUCCAGUCAAGUCCACAGCUGAUCUGUUUGAUGAUGAUGAUGAAGGUGACUUAUUCAAGGAGAAACCUGCCAUUCCUUCUGUGGUUGCUGGCACAACUAAAGAAACACAAAGCCAUAGGGAGGCAAUAAUGGAAAAAAAGAGUCAACUAUCUUCAGGUGAGGACUUCAAGCCUUUAUCUGAAACACCUCCAAGAAAACAGAAGAGCCUUUUCUCUGAUGAGGAGGAUUCUGAAGAUUUGUUUUCAUCAAGUAAACCUGUGAAGUCCAAAGCUACAUCUCUCCCCACCAGCAAGUCCAUGACAAAAGCUCCACUGUCCUUGUUUGAUGAUGACGAAGAGGAUCUCUUUGGUGUGGGACCUGCCAAGAAGCACGAAGAAAAGCCUCCAGAAGAGAGAGCAAAACAGUCAGGGCCUCUCAAGAAAGCUUCCAGCUUAUUCUUCAGCAGUGAUGAAGAGGAACAUUGGAAUGUCCCCAAGCCAGCUAAACUUCCUUCUGAAGAUGGCCAAAAAGAAGACCCUGCAAAACCAGCUAGCACUGUCAAUCAGGUUAAAGAUGUGAAGACGACAAGCCUUUUUGAGGAAGAAGAUGAGGAGGACUUAUUUGCAAUCACUAAAGAGAGCCAAAGGAAGCCACAGAAGCCAUCAUUGUUAUUUGAAGAUGAUGAUAUUAAUGGAGAAUCGUUCUUCAGCUCCCAAUCAAUGCUACUUCCUUCAGCUGCUAAGGAGAAAGUAAAACCAGCACAAGCACCACUUAUCUUUAAUGAAGAAGAAAAGGAGGAAAAGGAAGAUCUGCCAGAUAGAACAAUGAAGUCUAACCAGGUAGAAGAUACAUUGUGGUGUUCUGAAGACCCUGGAGCAGCUCCUGUGUGUCGAGGAACAGAUGUUGCAGAGCAGCAAACAAAGGAAAAACCUUUUGCAGUAAUAUCUUCAGAGCCAGCUGGCAGUUCAGAUCUGUUUGCAACAUCACCACCAGCUCCGGGGAAAGAUGUGAAAAGCCAAGCUAAGAAAGUGCUAAGCUUAUUUGAGGAGGAAGAAGAGGAAAGACUGGAAGAUAAUAAUGGCAUAAAAAAUGCACAGAAAGGAGCUGAUGUGGCUUCUGAGAAAAGUCCUCGGCCCAAAAGCACUGGGGUCUUUCAAGAUGAAGAGCUUCUCUUCAGUCACAAGCUUCAGAAGGACAAUGACCCAGACGUUGACCUCUUUGCCAGCCCCAAGAAGUCAAUGUCUGCAAACCGUAUCCUGAAGCCACCACCUGGAGGAGGGCUUUUUGGGGAUGAUGAUGAGGAUGAUCUCUUCAGUACUGCAAAAACAAACAUUCCGAAAAUGGCCGAGAAGAAAACUCUUCAGACCAGUGUUGACCCUUCCUCAGUGAGCAGUAAUCUAGAAAAUGCUUCAAGUGCCAAGCAAGAUGAAACUCUGAAGACAGCAACUACAGAGAAAUCUACAGGUCCUGUUCCCAUUAAAACCAAAGAGCCUUCAUCUCGGAUUGGAAAGCUACAAGCUAACUUAGCUAUUAACCCUUCAGCCUUACUACCUGGCGCAAUGCCUAAAAUCUCCAAUGUCAAGUCUCCCUUACCAGUGCUGGACACUCCAUUACAUGAGCCCAAGGAGGUACAGAACAGUGAAGCCUUCCCUGCUGCAGGAAGCAAUGAAGAACUGGGUGUAAGCUUUGAUCAGCCCAUGCAAGCAGACACCUUGCACAACGCCAAUAAGACCAGGAUCAGGGUUCCAGGGAAGCGCAGACCCCCUAGCAGAAUGGCGCGCCGACUGGCUGCCCAAGAGGCCGGAGUGAGUGAGGAGGUGGACACUGCUAAAGAGUCACAAGUCUCUCUACCAAAACAGACGUCAGCAGUAGUGAACAUAAAGGAACCUCUUGCUGCUGAAGCUGAGUCCAAGGAAAAUGGCUUUCUCUCUAGCUUGUCACUACCAGCUCACAGCAGUGUUUCAUCUGGUGGAGCAAACAGACUCCUUCCUCCAGAAUCCACAGAAAAUGGGGAUGAUCUGUUUGAAUCUGAGGACCUUUUUGCAAGCAGUUCAACAUCCAGACCAGCUGCACAAUCAAAGUUGAAGGAGGAAAUGCCAGACGGUAUGGCUAACAAACCCAUAAAGGGCAGGGAGAAAAAGCCUGAUCUGGGUGAUGAGGACAGCAAUGAUCUAUUCCAGCCUGUACAACAAAAAUCUUCAACAAAAAGCAGCCCUAUACCUUUUUUGGAGGAAGAGGAAGAUUCUCUCUUCACCUUUCAGAAAACUGGAAAAAAGGAGUUAAAAUCUGCUGUUCUCCAAGCAGUUGACCCUAAUGCCCAAGAUAUCUUUGAGGAUGAUAUAUUUGCUACUGAGGCAAUUAAGCCAGUGACCAAAACGAAAGAGAAAAUGCCAGAGACUAACCUGUUUGAUGAUAACAUUGAUAUUUUUGCGGAUCUAACUGCAAAAUCAAAAGAAAAGAAGACCAAGAAGAAAGUGGAACAAAAAUCCAUAUUUGACGAUGAUAUGGCUGAUCUUGAUGCCUGUUGCACCUAAAGCACCUGCAUCUGAUGGACUUGAUCUUCCUGUAGAGUGGUGACUGUUCAGUGGUACAGCCAUGGGCAUGCAGCUCCUUGGUGCCCAUGGAGCUCCAGAACACCAACAGGAGUGCAGGGAGGGAUGCCUGAAGAUGAGGAUGUUCCGCUGGCAGUAGAGUUGUGGAACUGGCACUUGCCUACAUUUCACAUUAAGGGCUGGCUUAAGUGAACAUGGUAACACUUUUACAGAGCUGUAUAUUGUUGUCUUAGGAGAACCUUUCUGCUGCAAAUGAAAUAGUAAAUUUCAGCUGCAAUUUGAGGGGUGUGAAGGCUGCAGGCUGUUUUCUUUUGUCCUACCACACCUUCCAGUCACUAGAGUCCUCAUUCACCUUAUAGCUGAUGUCACCUCUGCUUGUCUUCAAAAUGGUGACUGAGCUUUCUUGCACUCUGACAAAUGCUGUGUUUUCCCUGGGUAAAAUUGUCCUAUUCUUUAAGCCUCUUUAUAAAAAAUGGGAAUGAUACCUCUACUGCUUAUGGCACUCACUGUACUUCCUCUCUGCUGUAAAGCUAAUCCAUGUGACAGUUUCUUGCUUUGGAGUGAUGCCAAUAGGGGAUUACUCUAUUUUGCUGCCUCUCUAAACUGCUCUUGUGCUGAAAUGUGGUCCUGGAUUAUUCCUGUGUAAUCCCUAUGAUCAGCAGACACAUGCUGAAUUGGAAGUAGUGAGAAGAGACAGGGAAACACAUUGUGCUAGACCACAUUGUGCUUGGCGUCUUCUCAAGGUUAGGCUAUGUGGUGAAGAUUGAAAUACUAGUUUCUAUAUACUCUGGUCUAGUAAUUCACAGAAUAUUUCAAUGAGUUGGAAGGGACCCACAAGGAUCAUCAAGUCCAGCUCUUAAUGGGAAUGGCCUAUAUGGGGAUCAAACCCACAGCCUUGGUGUCAUUAGAACCAUGCUCUGACCAGCUAGACUCAGUGGCUAUAUUAACCUCUAUAUAACAUCCAUGUUUUCUUAAUAGGGACUCAAGACCAGUUAUGUGCUAUUUACGCUGGCCUUGUGAAUCACUAGUGAUCCUCUUAUCUAAGUCUUGCAAUCUUUUGGUUUUAUAUUCCAACUGCAUGAUCUGAGUGUCCUACACUUUAUAUAGUAUGAGAUACACUGUUGUGUACACUCAGGAAACCUCAGGGCAACCCCUCAGUAUGUGUAUGGUAGCAGUUUCAUCUCUUUCAUGAGCACAGUCCUAAACACAACAGUUCUAGCCAUAGCAAGAACUGCAGCACUGUGAGCUCUGCAGCUGAUACAGGCUAUCUGUGUUGGACGAUUUAAUUUCUGCAUAUUGUUGCCCUCUGCCUUAAUGGCAGUGUGGUAUUUUUCCACUUUGUGGUCCUAGUUAUUCACAACAGAUAUGCUUGUAUUGAGGAAGGUGGUGGGAAACCUUGAUUCAAGACUGUAGACAGAGUUUUUGAAUAUUCAUCAGGAUGGUGGUUAUAGCUGUCUGCCUCCUUGCAUCUUAGCAAUGGUCUCUUCUCAGGGGAUUUAUAUUAUGUUCUUACUGUGCUGUAGAUUAGACUCAUGGUUAGUGACUAUCACCAUAGUAGUUGCUAGCAAUUACCAUCUUUCCUCUUCUGAUUUUCUUUAGCAACAGCCUCGCAGCUCUUGGAUCUCUCAGGUUCCUCAGACACUAAUGUUCCAGAUAAGAGGGAUGCUAUCUGGCACUUGCAUGAUAGAAUUUAUUGUGGAGCUGUAAUUUAUUAGUACUUUACAAAUGCUUAUGAGAGCCUGAACAUGUUAUAAAAUACAAGUAUUACGCUGUCUGCUGAGAAGAGAAAAAAAAUCUUACCGCUAACAGCUCCCAUGUAUGUCCUUACAAAUGCAUGCAGAAUUGCAAGUAGCAGGAAAGCAUUUGUUUAUCACAGAAUGUCCUUGGCAGUCACUGCUGUGUGAUGGACUCUCUUGUGUACAAUGUUGCUUCUGUUUAGUAGUCACUUGUCAUUAAAAUCUCUU